AUGUGGAUUCGCAAGAAUCCCCAGAAAGCUAAGGAUGUCUUUUUAGCCACCAAGUUCGGUCUCUCGAUCGAUGGCGGUCCUAUAACCAUCAGCUCUAGCCCCGAGUAUAUUAAGACGGCUUGCCAGAAAAGCCUUGACAGGUUGGGUGUUGAUGUGAUCAAUCUGUACUAUUGUCACCGGGUGGAUGGACAGACACCGAUUGAGGAGACCGUUCGUGCUAUGGUAGAGUUGAAAAAGUGA